AUGUAUAUUUACAGCGACGCACCGGUGGGAGUAAGGAACGCUUGGGUGAUACCUCAUCCGGUGCUUCUGAAUAACGCCAUACCACCAAUGUUCAUGUCCUGCAAUACUGUUCCGACGUCUUCCACCUCGCCAACUCCCAUGUUUUUUGAUCACGUACGAGGUAAUAUCAAUGUGACACAUCGUGCGCCAACCUCCAUUGGUAGUAAUGACCUUUUUGUGCAUGUGCAAACCGGCGAGACUCUUUCAAUCGUUAUCGGGAACGACGUUCAACAUAUAUCAGGCCCAGCAACUGUGCGUAUGGUAAAUCAGGCUGGUAUGUCACCAUCUGCUCUUCCAUUGCAUGUUCCACCCGGACAUAUGGUUCAGCAAAUGGUUGAUGAGCAGGGGGUUCUGCGCCAUCUGAUUUUAUCACCAGAAGCUACGCCCGGAUCGCGUUUGAUACCGACUGCCCCACCACCAGCAACGAUCAGUGCAAAUACACCACUCCAUAGUUCAAGUGCGAUAACACCGUUGAAAUCAUUUGCGCAUAAUUCACCUUCACCACCUAUCGUGCCUCCAUACCCACCUCCAGCUGUGCCCUACCCUCUUCAUAACACUGCUGAUUUUAAUGAAGAUAGUCUUCGAAAAACUUGGAUACCACACGGUAAGAAAUUCGACGGAUCACAUGUAAUGCAAGUACCAGCCAAUAAUGCCGACGAUCAUGAACAAAGUCAGUCAGGAGCUUCAGCAAAUGAAGAGGAAGAGUGGGAACGGCUUACCGAAAUGCUUUCACGAAUGCAGUCGCCUCAGAUUCUUCGAGUAGCAGCAAGAGAAGCUGAUAUUGCAUGGCAAGAAUUAGAUACGUCCGAAGCAUCUGCACCUGGUGGACCAUUUCCUCAGAUUGACGCAUCCGAAUUUACUUACGACAUUGUCCUUUUCGAAAAUGUAGGACGUAUUGUCAAUAGUUAUAGAUGUGAGCCUGAUUCGGGUAACCGAGUACGUCUAUGUCGUCUUCGACCAAAUACCGAAUAUUAUGUGCAGCUGAGAGCUUCACUGGAGGAACGUGGUUUACAGGGUAACCCAUCAACUGCUGUAAAAUUCCGAACACUUACAACGACACCAGAAUCUCCACAUCCUCCGCGUUUGGUGUCACGCACGCAUAAUUCAGUUACUGUUUCGUGGCGUUCUGCUGUUGAUAACGGUUCACCGAUUACAUCCUAUCGUCUGGAAUUGACAUCUGGCGGCCAACAGGAAGAGGAAAGUUAUGAAACAGUGUACGAAGGCUUAGCAGAACAGUUCAGAAUCAAAGGUCUAACAUCAUCAACACGAUAUCGAGUUCGCCUGACUGCUACGAAUAGUGAUGGAGAUUCGCAGCCAUCGGCUGCAAUUAGCGUUUGUACAUCAGCACUUAUCUAUCCGCCGAAGCAACCGCAUUGUCCUCAGCUUGUUUCUAUAUCAGCUAAAUGUAUCAAACUUUCUUGGAAUACUCAACCUCAACAUUCUUAUACGCUGGAGAUGUCUGAUACUCGGACAAAUGAAUAUUCGGUUGUCUGUGAACGUUCCCAGCUGUCUUCAGUCAGUGUCAAUGACGUUGUAAGUAACCAUCAGUAUCAUUUUCGUUUGAUCGCUCAUAACGAUGCGGGUGAUAGCGAGCCAUCCGAAGCACUUGUUGUUCGAACUCCUUCCUCGCCGUCCGGUACGCCUCCCCCAACGCCUUCACGACCACAUAUCAUUUCAAACAAUGGAGUAUGCCUUGAAAUUGGAUGGAAAACGGGACGUAUGAAUGAGAAAGAUCUUGGAUACCUACUGGAAGGUAGCUCAGAUGAGAAAUCUUGGACUGUGGUAUACAGAGGUAACGCAAUAAGUACGCAGAUUCGUGGUCCUGAAAUGCGAGCUUUUCGAGUAGCAGCACUGAGAAAGCAGUUGCAGAGUGGAUGGAGUGAUACGUUGCGUAUUCGACGCGAAGAAAAACGUGUCAUACCAGUUCCGGGACAGUGUGCAGCACCUACAAUUAGCGAAAUCUCAAAAGGCUGUUUGCGUAUUCAGUGGAAUCCACCGGACAGUAUAAUGUCCUCGAUAAGUUACCAACUCCAUCGUGUCAAUUUACAACCUUCCAGUAUCAUUUAUCAAGGUGAAGCAACAAUGUUUGACUUAUCAAACUGUGCCCCGGGUGAAGAGAUAGAAGUGCAGGUUCGUGCCAUUUCUAUUUCUUUUGACGGGACGCGUUUGGAGGGUGAAUGGAGUCGAGUGGCUGUUGGAAGAACUGCCGCACAGCCGCCAUCACCGCCAACUGAUGUUUAUGUUGAUACCGAUAAUGUUCUUCAUUGGUCACCGCCAAAUAGUACCAAUGGAGCAUCCAUUACGGAGUAUAUUAUUGAAAGAAUCCUUGUGCUUUCAUCAUCCACAUCGAAAUCUAAGAGUGACAACGACCAGGCGACUAGUGCAGAUUGUGGUUGGACAGUAAAACGUGAAAGCGCCGAAGUUCUGAGUAUUAGUGUAGCUGAAGGACAACCUGGCUGUAAGUAUCAGCUUAGCGUUUCGGCAGUAAAUAGUGGUGGUACCAGUGUUCCUAGUGAAUGCAUCUAUGUUUCUGUUCCUCCUCGCACACCUGCUGCUCCAUUGAGUUUUCAUGCCCUUCCACAAGGUUGUAGACAGCUGAAAGCAUCAUGGCGAGCACCUUGCUGUAAUGGAAGUGAAAUUUCCGAAUACAGUAUCCGUGUACUUGAUGAUUCUUCCGGUAAUGAGAUACGCGUGAUACAACAAGAAGCAUCCAUAUGCGAAUGCAUUAUCGAUUCGCUUGAAGCCGAUCGCACGUACAGGUUGUCGGUCCAUGGCAUAAAUGACAUUGGAAUGGGUGAUCCAUCGUGGACAACAGCCACAACACUGGCACCUCCCCCACAGCCUCCUAAUUUGCUCUGUUCCGAAGCAGGCCCGAAUUAUUUGAAGCUGAAGUGGAAACCACAUGGAAAUUCACCUACACUGACCACCACUCAAUAUUACUAUUAUUUGGAGAAAGAGAAUGAUAACGGGAAAUUUUCACCGAUUUAUGAAGGCGACAAUCGUUAUGCAAAAGUGCGCAAUUUGAAUGAAAGUACAAAAUACCGUUUCCGUAUUCGUUGUUCGUCACGAGUUUCGGGUGCCGGUCCUUGGUCUUCACCAUUUGAAUUUUCAACCGAACAACUGCCACCACCAACAAUACGAUCUGCACCGACGGUAACGGAAGUUGCAUCAGGCUCUUUCCAGGUUGAAUGGUCACCGGUUCGGUUAUCAUCAGCGAAUGGCAAAGAAUCUUUGUUAUAUCGCCUUCAAGUUGCAUCUCGAAGUUCUGUCGAGCGAUCGAACAAUAACUGGAAAACAGCUUACGAAGGUAUUUCUACGUCUUACUCACUUUCGACAUCUGAGAGUGUUCAGCUUCGUGUUCAAUGUGUGCGGAUCAGAGAUGGAAUUGAAAGCGUUUCAACACCAUCCGCUAUACAGUUUGCAACUCCAUCGCUUGCUGUUAUACCUCGUAAAAAAACACUUGAAGUAACUGAGCAGGAGAUGCUUGCUAUUCGGGCGCAAGAUAUUAGUAACGUGCAAUGGAUCCAGUAUCAUAUUUUGUCCGAUAAACAUUACGCAUUCGUCAUUUUGUUGCUUUUUGCCGGUAUCGCAUUUGGGGUAGCACUGAUACUGGAUGCAUUGUUAUUUGAACAGUCAUAAUUUGAUGGAUAUUACAUGUUUUCGGAGAGACGCAACUGACAGAGCAUCAUAUGACGUCAAUGAAUUCAUCACAAACAUUCACUGGUCUUUUCCGGAGAAAAGUUACAAAGAAAAAUCAAAACUUUUUGUCCUUGUUUUUUGUAAGAAUGC